AGAUUGCAGAACAAGUCCAGCAACCUAACUGACAUUUUAAUAAGCAAGAUUUUCUUUUCCCUGUCAAAACCCUUGCCCACUUCCAAGAGCCUGUAGCAUUUACUGAACAGCAGCUGUGAAAAACAUACUGCAGCACCUCUGGAGUUGGGUUCCACAGUGAUCAUGGCUGACUUUGACUUGGUUCUGAAGCACUGGGAAUUGGUGGAAGCCGACUACUCUGGCUACGGAAACCUGGUUCUGACUCGUUUAUUCACAGAGCACCCAGAAACCCAGAAGCUCUUCCCAAAGUUUGCUGACAUCCCUCAGGGGGAGCUGGCUGGUAACGCGGAUCUUUCUGCCCACGGCGCCAUCGUGAUGAAGGCACUGGGCGACCUGCUGAAGGCCAAAGGCAACCACGAGUCCAUCCUCAAGCCUCUGGCCAACACCCACGCCACCAAGCACAAGAUCCCCUUUAACAACUUCCAGGUAAUUACCGUGGUCAUCGCUAAAGUCUUGGAGGAGAAGGCAGGACUCGAUGCGGCCGGGCAGAAGGCCUUGGCCAAUGUGAUGGCCCUUGUCAUCUCUGACAUCAAGGCCAAUUACCAGGAGCUGGGCGUAACCUGCUGAAGGUCAAGUCUCGUGCGCUACCAGGGUCCAGUGACCUUGACUCAAGACAGUUCUGCAUGUUAAGUCUUUUAUUUUGAAAAAGAUUCAGAUUUCUUUAAUCAAAACCUUAAAAGUUAAUUUAGUCUCCAGUGUUACCACCAAUCAUAAGGAACCACAAUGUAUCUCUUACUGUAAUGUUAGAGUGGAUUGCCAUUAGAUCACGUGUUACCUUCUCUGUAAUAAACAUGAUUUUGGUGCCAGUUUAA